CAGAUAAGGGAGGGGAUGGAGCUGAGCGGGGUGGACAUUGGGCCUUUGGGUGGAGGAGAGGGCCGAACCCCUUCAAGCAUUUCGAAGGAAACGCUCAAAUGCUGUCAUUUACACACUGUUUCAGUGGUCUGGCCAGUGGUUCUCAUGGCAGAGCGAGCGCUGGAAGAGGAUGUGGCACAGGAGAGGAGAGAGAUGGGAAGAAAGAGUGUGCGGACACAGAGAUGGACACAACCAUGCAUGAAACAGGGAACGCAUCGAGAGCCAAAGAACUGGGUAAGGUCUGGACCGAUAACUCCAUCCAGGGCAUGUAAGACCCAAAACUCUCCUGAGAAUGCAGCGAGAGAGAGGAGUCGUGUUCGGAACCUUAGACAAGCCUUCCACAGCCUGCAGGCUGCUUUACCCUCCGUCCCUCCCGAUACAAAACUCUCCAAGCUGGACGUCCUGGUACUGGCCACCAACUAUAUCGCCCACCUGACCGAAACCCUGGACCAGGGUGGGAUGUUGGGUGACCAUACAGUCCUGCAAAGAGCAGAGUACCUGCAUCCUGUGAAGAAAUGGCCCAUGCGUUCUCUUCUGUACUGUGGGAACAUAGGAGAGCGACUGACAGGAGCACAGAUCAGUCGGGAGGCAUCUUGUCUGCCUGAGGUGAAAGCAGACUAAUGGACUGAGAAGACAUUUCAGAUACUCAGUAAUAGUUGGAUAACACUGAUGCAUGUUAGAAAUUGAUCUGAGCACUUUUUUUGUAAAUAUGAUUCCUUGUUUAGUUAUGUCUUGAACAUACAAAUACUAGAUAUUUCCACAUAAUUUUUCAUUUAUUUUGAUGAAACACUAGUAUAUAAUUGUGUUUAUAUACCAUUCCACAUUUAUACUGUAGUCGGUUAUGAGAGAAAAUAUUGGCUGUGGUUAUAGACAUCAUGACACAGAGACAGUCAAUAGAAUAUUAAUCUGUGGUUUUUAACCAUGCGAGUCAAAAACACAGAGCAUUCACUUUUUUAAAUAUAUUGUCACAUAAAGUUGUCUAUUCAUUUGCAUUCCAUAAAUUCUGUAAUUAAAGCUGCAUUCCGUAACUUUUUUGUGUUCAAAAUUGUGUGUUCUUCGGCAAGACGCACACAGUUCUGUUUAUUGACCGCUAGAGCGCAAAAAGUUACGGACUGCAGCUUUUUUUUUUUUUUUUUUUUUUUUUUGGUAAUUAAUGUUACUAUUUAAAAAUGGUUUAGUAAAAAGAAAGGAUGGUAUUUCAAGUGAACAUGCAUGUAAAAAAAACCUAACUUUUUUUUAAAUGACAUAUAUUAAAAUAUGUUGAAUUUUUGACCUACUUGAAUACAUUCUAGAAUAGAUACCUUUUAAUCUAGAAUAUUUGUUUAUGUUCUUACCCAUUUAGAGAAUAACUAAAUUAACAGGUCACUUUAUCUCUACUGGCCGAAUCUUGAGUAUUUGGGUUUAAUGUGCUUGUUUUGUACUUGAUAGUAAUAAAAUGAAUGUCUUGAUUAGUGGGAAGGGAGGAUUAUCAUAAGGAACACUUGGCAACCACACAUGAGUGGAGAACCCCCAUGUCCUCUCAAUCAUGGGUAGCUUAGCAGAUCCACACUAAAAACACAGCUUUUCUUAUUUAUUUAACUGCACAAAUCCCAUAUCAUUACAAAUUAUAAGAGGCAGUAAAAAACUAAUAUUUCCCCUGCCAAAAGUGACAGUGUUCUUUACAGUAUUUGCUUGGAACUGUGCUGCCAUAUUUUGCAUUGUUUAAUUAACUUUCAACCAAACACACGUCUGUGAGAUUUAUAUGACUCUAUGAUGUACUUUUGCAGUUUUUUUGCUUUGUUUUUCUGAUGAGCAUGACAAUUUGUGAUAUAGUCUAAAUUCUUGCAAUGCACACUUCU